AUGGGAAAUUUCCAAUUAAGACUUAACUGCGUCUUAUUACUCAUAGGAGACAUAGGAUCAUUUCGGUUUCCGACAAAAAAAUAUCAUUUUCUUCGCGUGCUUUCAUUCAAAUUUCGACCCAGUUUGACGCUUCUAUAUCACACCCACUUUACAGACCAUUCCAAUUAAUUGUGCAAUGUGGUUGUUUGUUUCCCAAACCUGAUGAUAGUUCGCACUUUCAGAAGUGAGUAUUCUAAAAUUAAGUUGAAAUGCUUCAAAAUCCAUUGAUUAUAUCAGCAAUUCUGCUUUACGUCCAAGAGGUCCUAGGAAAUGAAAUCCUGGAAGGAUGCGACUACGACAACCUCCAAAGAAUGUAUUACUGCCAUGAAAUAACCAACACCUUCCCCAACCAAUAUUAUGGGGACUAUCAUCUGAGAUGCGUCGAAUGCAACAUAACAAAAUUCACGGAAAAUACCUUCCCUUUCACAAAUAGUCUAGAAUCUUUCAAUGUGAGCUACAGCGGCAUCAGAGCGUUACAUCGGAGAGCAUUUUCAAAGUUCACAUCAACCCAGUUCAUCUACCUGGACCACAACGAUAUCAGAGAUAUCAGCGAGAACGCUUUCGCUGGAGCGAAACAACUUUACGAACUCCAUCUAGAGAACAAUCAUUUGAAGAGAUUAAAACCGAGGUUUCUCAAUAAUUUGAGCUCAAACUCUGUGGAUUUGAGCCGAAAUCAGCUUGUGGAUAUUGGUGAUGGUGUUUUUGAGGGAGUUGUAGGGGUGUUGUAUCUGGGUUUGUCCUACAAUAAAAUUUCGAAGUUGUCUGAGAAAGCUUUUGAGCAUUUGGAGGUCUUGGAGAUCUUAGAUUUAAAAGAAAACAAGAUAUGUACCAUUCCUUUGGGUGUAUUUGGAAGGUUGCCAUCUUUGAAGACACUUAAUUUAGCUCAUAAUAGGUUGAUCUCCUUUUCUUUGGGUACCUUUUCAGGUUUGAAAUCACUAGUUGAAUUGAAUCUCUCCAAUAACAACAUCCAAUACUUUGAUGGUGACUUUCUCCUCACUCUACCGAAGAUAUACUGGGUGGAUCUUAGUGAAAAUGGUAUCUUUCAUUUCGACGGAUACGCCAUUGUGGAAAACGCUCCAACACUAAGACAAUUGAAGAUGGACCACAACAUUUUCUCUUGUGCUUCCUUGAAGAUUCUGAUCAGAUACCUUAGGAGGGGAAACGUCCAAAUUGUCAGCGACAGUUCAAAUUACGAUGUUCAGAAUAUUCUGGGAAUUGCAUGCUCCGAAACAGAAUUAUCGAAUUUAUCUUAUAAAAAAUUUUUAGCUACAGUUCGAGAAGAAGCGAAAAAUUCAAAACAUGUUUGUUGAUAGUUAUUACUGAUUAAUUUUAUUUACUUUUUUUCGUUUGUAAAAACGUUCGUAAAUAAAUUAUUCAGUAUAAAUAUAACGUGUCAGAUUAGAAUUGACGCAUUAAUUUUAAAACGGAAAAAUUGAUUAAAUGAUUAUUAUCAGCGUGAAUAUGGAAUUUAUCCGAUAAUGAUAGAAUUGAGCUUAUUUUUUGUUGAAAAAUUUCAAGAGAAAAGUAAUGAGACUGAUAAAAUAAAACAUACAGAAAAUAUU